CAAAUCCGUUAGCGGAGGCGGGUACCGAAUGCCCGGAACUGUACAGGGCAAAAUAACAUGUCCCGGAAAGGAGAGAAGAAGCACUUGAAUCAAAUCCUCGGUUCCCACCUCUGCACUAUCCAUGAGACCCUUCAGUGUCUUGGGACUUGAGCUUGCUUAUGUAGGUUUUGGAUCAAACGGCUCCUUCUUCUUUGGACAAAGUGAGCUGGGAGGAGAUAAUAAAGAUGGGCGACCAGGUCUCAAAACAGGCUACCAUAGUUGGAAUGCUUUUGAGUGGACAGAAGCCAGAGUUAAAAGCAAUAGAGGAAACUAUGACAUCAUACUUCAACACGUUGCAAGGUUUCCUCUUGCUUUCCCAUGGAAGCACAGUAGGUGCAGGGCCUACACUGUCUUCCUGUAUUCAUGCUUCUGUGAAGCAAGUUGUUGAUUCCAGCUUUAGGCUGACAAAGGAAGUUGUGUCUUUAUAUGGAUCUCAAGGGAAAGAUCAGCAACUAUCAAUCUCUCAAUUAGUUGGCGUGGUAUGGGAAGCAUGUUCUGCUCUUAAAAAGACUCCAUCCACUAAUAUUACAGCAAUUGGGCGAGGAGUGACGCAGAUUGCUGUUUCAAUGAAGGAUGUUCUUCGUGAACUGAAUGAAUUGAGGCCGGAUUCAUCUGACGAAGUAUCUGAUAAUGAUGGUGAACUGGGGAAUGACCUUUCACCUGAAGAGAUGAAAAUCGCCCAAGCAGCAACUGUGGUUGUAUCAGAUGCACUCUCAGUCGUAAAGGAGCUUAUUCGCUGCAUCUCGGGCAUGCUUAAGCUGGAAAAGCCGGGUGACAGUGGUGAUUUUGUGGAUUCACUGGAGAAACUGUUGAAGCUGUGUCAGGAACUUGGUUUACAGAUUGAUGAAAUUGGAGCCUGCCUCUAUCCCCCUCAAGAGGUCCCCGCCAUAGAAGCAGCUAUGGUGAAAAUCCAGAGCAUUAUUGAUGACAUGCAAGGAGUGUUAGGAGGACUCAGGGGAGCAUCAGCCACAUUCCUUGAGGCAUGCAAUGUUUUAAGGAGUUCAAUGAGACACCUUGCAUCUGAAUUAAGUAGUUCUGGUACUGCUGAUCUGGAAGCCAAAGUGGAAAACAUGACAUUAAGCAAUUAAGAAGCAUUUCUUGUAGGUUUGGAAAUGACGUGUGGAUGUUUUGCUUUUGAUUUUGAAUUGGCAUGAUUUGCAAAAUUGAUUUUCUUUUUUAAUGUUUUACUAGUUGCUCUUGAUUUUGGGUUGGCGUGUAAUGGCAAAAAUUAGGUUUCACAAUUCAACAUGUGAAUUCUACAAAUAUAGGUUGAAUCCAUACCUUUCUGCGCAAGAAUUUCUCUGGAAA